UCAGACUAGGAAGCACAGCUCGCUGACGGCCCGACAGAAGUGAAUAGCGAUGGAUGGCAACAGCGGCGGCCGAGGUAGCAACAAGUCUCACUAGCUGGCGGCUUCCUUCAGGGACGGAGACAUUCGUGAAGCCGGUCGCUCCUGAAUGUCCUUCAAGUGUCGGGGACAAUGACACCGAGAUGACUCACCAGUGGCUUGGAUAUCUGUGAUUUGACGGAAGAUGAGACUCGCUCAGUCUGUCCGACUCGUCAUUGCCUGUAAGGAUUGCUACUGCGGGUGCCCAAGCCACACUGACAUGGACAACAAGCUAUAUAGUGAGCUAUGUGUGCUGCUUUUUGCACAGUACGCCAACUAAAAACACCAACUACAUAGAUUAUUUGUUUUGAAUGGCUCUCGGUUGAUAACCAGUGCUGACGAUGUCACUGGGCGAGCAGUCUCAAAAGUGGUUUCCAACCCAUGUCCAAGCCACUGUUCUUCAAGCAACCAGUUUACAGGCCAAGGGCAAAAAUGGUACCAAUGAUGCCUACACGAUCAUCCAGCUGGGCAAAGAGAAGUACUCGACGUCGGUGGCAGAGAAGACACUUAACCCUGUCUGGAGAGAGGAAGCCUCGUUUGAGUUACCUGGUUUACUUUUGGAGGGCAACCCAGAAGUAUAUGAACUCUGCCUUAUCGUGAUGCACCGGUCCUUGGUUGGGAUGGACAAGUUCCUCGGGCAGAGGUCCAUCAACCUGAAUGACAUCUUUGAUAACAAGCAACGGAAGAAAACUGACUGGCACUCCUUGGAGUCCAAGCCGGGGAAGAAGAGGAAAGAGCGAGGCCGCAUCCAGGUGAGCAUCCAGUUCAUGAGGAACAACAUGACGGCCAGCAUGUUUGACCUCUCCAUGAAGGAGAAGCCCCGCUCGCCCUUUUCCAAGCUCAAGGACAAAAUGAAGGGUCGCAAGCACGACGGCGGCUUCAGCGACACGUCUUCCGCCGUCCUGCCGCGCUCCGCCGCGUGCGACUCUGAGCCUCACCAACGGUCCUCGGCCCUCGAGCCGCAACCCCCGUCCGAAGCGAAGCCCAAGAGGCCGCUGCUCGCCGGGGCCCAGAAGCUCUCUGCGGCCCAUUCCAUGUCGGAUCUCAUCGGGACCCACUCUCGGCCCAAACUGGAUUCCAUGAACUCCAUCGAAGAGAGCGGCGGCCCUCACAGGCGUUCCCAGAGCGAGAUGCCAGGCUACCAGGAUGGAGAGGCACACAGUGACCCUUUCACUGAUAUCAGUGACACCCUGCCACAGAAGUAUGCCACGCUCCCACGCAACCGCAACCCGUUUGAGGGGGAGCACGGGCAGCUGUGGGACCGGUCGGAGCGGAAGGAGAAAAAGGAGAAGGUCAGCCUACUGGAACGCGUGACGGGGAAGAAGGAAGGUCGCAAGACCAACAACACGGGGCGUUCGGGCAGCUCUGGGGACCUGCGCUCCCCCAACCCCUUCAGCGGAGACUCGCAAGCAGACACUAACCCGUUCAUCUCCCACUACAAAGCCGGUGAUAAAAAGUCGAAAGGAAAUGAGCACAUCACGUUUGGCCAGAAGAAGAAGGACGUCUAUGGCAGGAAACAGGAGCCCAAACAGGAAAGCGCUCUCGCCUACAGCAAUCUGUCCUUCGACGAAGUCGUGCAGGAUCUCAUCAAGCAGAAGGAAGUGGUGAAGAAGAAGGACGGCCACAUCAGGGAGCUGGAGGACUACAUCGACAACCUCCUCGUGCGCGUCAUGGAGGAGACGCCGAGCAUUCUACGGACACCCUAUGAGCCGAAGAAGAAGGCGGGUAAACUUAGCAAAAAGUAGAACGACAAACAUGUGCUGAUGGAGGUUUAGCUGUAGCUCAUGCAUCGAUAUGAUAUGGGAUUGAUUAAAGCCAAAUUAAUGAUUCAUGUCUUUGCUUUAGAACGGUUAUAUUCAAUGGAUGUAGUUUAUUAUUUUUUUCUUCAAUGUGUUGGGUAGUUCUGGAACAUGCCGGUACUUCGCCUCAUCGAUUUUUGUAUUCGCGUGAAAUCGAAUCCCACAUUUUGGGCUUCGCUAUAUAGUUUGCACGUGCAAGUGCAGCCAAGAUGGCGCUGAAAGCCAGGCCGCGUGGUUGCCACAGCGAAGCUGUAGUCGCCGUGGUUACACUGAAGCACAAGUCUCGAGCUCGCCACCUAAGUUCCGAAACUCCCCCCCUCUGUGCUACAGAUGUGGACCAACGCCUCUGGGUGAUUCAUGGGUUUUGUUAGAAGGACCGGGAGAGAGUUACUGUAAGACGUCGCUGGGCAGUAUCUGGUUUCUCUCUCUCGUCAUACCUUUUUUAUUUAUAUAUAUAUGUAUAUAUAUAUAUAUAUAUACACAAUUUUCUUUUUUUUCUUCCAAUGAACAAAUGUGUAUUGCUGUUGACUUUUCAUGCUUUGCUUUAUUUGUGAUGACUAUCCUUGACCAUCAAGUUUCUUGGACCAAAGGUCUGAAAUGUGAUGAUUUUACUGACUUUUUGUGCAAUAAUCACAACUUGAGUGUCUUGCUUUAUAUUCUGUUGUUUACAUUUUAAUCACAUCGGAGUCAAACUCAUCUCUUCAAUGUUGAUUUGAUUUACUGGAGAAAAAGCCUGCAGUUCUGUGUUCAGGCCUUCAUUUGUGUCAAAUCCAGUUGUUGCUGAAGAUUGUAUUAAUGGUACUUAGCUGCACAUGUGGAGACAUGCUGAACAAUCUUUAUUUAUAAAUGUGUCAUUUACAUAUGGACACCGUUUACUGUAUCUGUAAGAUACUUUAUGGUAAAAAUGCUACUUUAUCCCAAUAUCUGUAUUAACGCGGUACAAAUCACAGAAAUAGUCUUCAUUCAUAAGUAUUUCUGUAUUACGGUCAUACUGAUACACUUUGGCAGGUAAUUACCAUAAGCAUUCAUAUCUGUUUACGCAAAUUAAUAGUUUACCGUGCAUCAGUAUAUUUCAGCUCUUUUUCUUUUCUUUGUCCAGGUUUCUAACAUUCAGUAAGUAAGAAAAAGUGUCUCACAAGUUCACGGAGUAUUAAACGAUGAUCCCUCCAUAAUUGUUUCGAGGUAACCAGCCAACACGUGUCAUUCAAGUCACAAAUGACUGCUCGACGUCAGGAGCCAACUGUCCUCACAAUUAGAGUUUUUUUUUUUUAUUAUUCUGUAAAUUUAUCAGUUCCUAAUGAACAAAUAACGAGCGAGCUGCUGAAAGACAGAAGAGUCACUACCUGCCCGACGUUGGAGGUCUCCAUUGUUGAUGGUUGGUUCCUCGUUCGUGGAGAGCGUCGUCGCGGUAACACACACUUUGUAUUACGGUUUUUAAACUCCGUCGCAGGCCGUCUGCGCUCCGUUUGUCAGACGAUGAUCCACUUUGUCCCGUUUCUGGUCGUUGUGUCCAGUCUUUUACAAUAUUUUACCUUUUUUUUAAAAAAAUUUUAUUUUUAACUUUACGGUACCAAAUCACAGCCGAGUGCGACACUGAUCUGUGGAACGUCAUCGGUCCCAAUACACUUGUUGAUUUUAAGCUCUUCCUGAAUGUCACACCACUCAAACACAGUUGUUCACUCACUAAUUUAAUUCUGCUGAUCUCAUAUUGGUCCUAAAGCCCAAAUCUCUUGUUCCUGAAUGUAUUCUGGUUGGCUUUAAAAUACAUAAUUCUGCAAUGUGUAAUGAUAUACGGUACAAUGACAAGGCCAUUGAACCUCGCUUGCCUUUUUUAAAUUUUUUUAAGUAUUCGGUGUAUCCAAAGAGAUCAUUUCAUAUGGGUGAUAAAAGAAGAAGAAAUGUCCCUGUCCCC